CAAUAACAAAAGAGCCGAGGGCUGUGGGUGCGGAGGCCUGAGCGCGGGCCAUGGCCUCUCCGGGGUCGCCGCAGCCCCCCGCCGAGAGUCCACCCUGGCCUCUGAGCCUCCUGCGCGCUUCUCUUGGGCUGCUGCGGCUGGACCCUACCGGCGGCGCGCUGCUGCUGCUCGGCCUGGCGGCGCUGCUAGGCUGGAGCUGGCUGCGGCGGCACCGGGCGAGGGGCACGCCCCCUGGGCCCACACCCUGGCCCCUGGUGGGCAACUUCGGCUACGUGCUGCUGCCGCCCUUCCUCCGACGACAGAGCUGGAGGUACCGCCAGGCGAGGGCCACAGGGAUGGAGCCCGCGGCCCUGAGCCCGCAGGUGCUCCUGGCCCAGCUAGCCCGCGUGUACGGCAACAUCUUCAGCUUCUUCAUCGGCCACUACCAGGUGGUGGUCCUCAACGACUUCCACAGCGUGCGCGAGGCCCUGGUGCAGCAGGCUGAAGUCUUCAGCGACCGCCCGCGGGUGCCGCUCAUCUCCAUCGUAACCAAGGAGAAGGGGAUUGUGUUCGCACAUUAUGGUCCAGUCUGGAAACAACAGAGGAGAUUCUCUCAUUCAACUCUUCGUCAUUUUGGCUUGGGAAAGCUCAGCUUGGAGCCCAAGAUUAUUGAGGAGUUCAAAUAUGUAAAAGAGGAAAUGCAAAAGCAUGGAGAAGACCCCUUCAAUCCUUUCCCUAUUGUCAAUAAUGCCAUCUCUAACAUCAUUUGCUCCUUGUGCUUUGGCCAGCGUUUUGACUACACCAACAGUGAGUUUAAGAAGAUGCUUCAUUUUAUGUCACGAGGGUUAGAAAUCUGUCUGAACAGCCAGGUCCUCCUGGUCAACAUAUGCUCCUGGCUUUAUUACCUUCCCUUUGGACCAUUUAAGGAAUUAAGACAAAUUGAAAAGGAUAUAACCAGUUUCCUUAAAAAAAUCAUCAAAGAUCAUCGAGAGUCUCUGGAUGUAGAGAACCCUCAGGACUUCAUAGACAUGUACCUUCUCCACAUGGAAGAGGAAAGGAAAAAUAAGAGCAACAGUAGUUUUAAUGAAGAUUACUUGUUUUAUAUUAUUGGGGAUCUCUUCAUUGCUGGGACUGAUACCACAACUAACUCUUUGCUUUGGUGCCUUCUGUAUAUGUCACUGAACCCUGAUGUACAAGAAAAGGUUCAUGAAGAAAUCGAAAGGGUCAUUGGUCCCGACCGAGCCCCUUCCCUCACUGACAAGGUCGAGAUGCCAUACACAGAGGCCACCAUCAUGGAGGUGCAGAGGCUGACUGUGGUGGUGCCACUCGCCAUUCCUCAUAUGACUUCGGGGAAGACAGUGCUUCAAGGGUAUACCAUCCCUAAAGGCACUGUGGUCAUACCCAACUUGUGGUCAGUACACAGAGACCCAGCCAUCUGGGAGAAACCAGAUGACUUCUACCCUAAUCGAUUUCUGGAUGAUCAAGGACAACUUAUUAAAAAAGAAACCUUUAUUCCUUUUGGGAUAGGGAAGCGGGUGUGUAUGGGAGAGCAACUGGCAAAGAUGGAAUUAUUCCUGAUGUUUGUGAGCCUAAUGCAGAGUUUCACAUUCACUUUGCCUAAGGAUUCAAAGAAGCCUAUCCUGACUGGAAGAUUUGGUCUCACUUUAGCCCCACAUCCAUUUAAUAUAAUUGUUUCAAAAAGAUGAAGAAAGUCUCCAAAAGGAGACAGUGAACAGACAACAUAAUGACUUCUGAACAGAUUUUCCUUCUGCAAUUAACGGCAAUAACUCAGCAGAUCCAGAUUAGACUCAAAUUAAGGCGAUUUCAUCUGUGAGGAUUCCUCAGCAGGACACAUCAGCCCUUUAUUGAGAUAUGUCUGUAAUUUUGGAGACAAGGACCAGAGCACUGUUUGGGAAGCAGGAGAUCUGGAUCUGAGUCCCAGUGGCUUCUACCAAUGAGCAUUUCUUCUCACCCUCUGUGCCUCAGUCAUCCGUCUAUAAAACGAGGGUACCAGAACUUGCCUUCUCUCUACCUCUUAGCACCAGUGAAGUUAACACGCCUUCUGUCCUUUCUGACAUGGCCGAGACACUGUUAGGUUCUGGGGAGGAAAUUCCAGAGGAGAAAUGUUUAUAACCUGUGACAACAUGAAGUGUUUGAACUCUUUGUCAGAGAGGGAUAUGGGUUUAGGUUAUGUUGAGCUAGAGCUUUUCUCAGCACAGAUCCUUUGCCAGUUUCUUGUCUUGUUAUCUUUUAAUUAUGAUUUUAGUUUUGUUUUUGUGGACAUAGGAUGAAGCAGACUUUCUUCCAGUAUGUUAAGGAAAUUAGGAUUUAAAAAAUCCUCUCAUAAGGUAAUUAUUUGAAUUUAUGUGGCUACCUUCUACUUCAACUACAUGGACAGUAAGCCUGGCUGAAGAAGCAGAUUCAUGUUAGAAUUCCUUCCUGCCGACUUGACUUGCAAAGUUGUAACUUACCUUUUGACUUGAGCCCUGAAUGGUGAGGUCAGGAGUUUCUAUACUGGGAUUCAUCAGGAAAGGACUCUUCUUUUAAACUGUACUGAACAUUUUUUUUUCCCGUUCUCCCUGCCACCAGACCCAGUAUAUCUCAUCCUUGAAUACUCUUGAAGACAAGAAGACAUUCUUACUGUUUAUUAAUGGAACUAAAUUAUUUCUUAAUUAAAAAAAGGUCCCUGUAGAAGAGUACCUACACCCUACAGAGGGUGUUUGGAAAUGUGUGGGUACAUUAUUUUGGUAAUCACAAUGACAGGGGUGCUCCUGGCCCUAUGCUGCUGUGGGGGCCAGGAUGGUAAAUGUCCUGCAACGUCAGAACAGUCCUAUAUACAAUGACGACUUGCCUAACUCUGUAUGCCAGUAUUUGUGCCAACGAGAACACUGCUCUAGAAAACCACAGUCCAAGAAAUGAAUAGCCCUUUCCUGUAGCAGUCCUUAUAUAGAAGUAAUCACAGUAAUGAUACAAUCAGCCAUGUUUUGACCUCUCCCUCAUGCUGGCACCACGCUCAGUGCUUUACUUGUAAACUUGUUUAAAAUUCUUGCAGAAACUCUAUUAAGAGGAUGCUGUUUUACAGCUGAUGGAACUGAAGCUUUGAGAAGUGAAGGCACGUAGUUCAAAGGUAUCAUCGCUGGGUUUCAAACCUACCAGUCUUUGUGACUAGAGAACUCUUUCUGAACCACAUCUCUGUACUGCCACCACUCAGUCCCAUAGCAGUCAGCACCUCUGCCUCACGCUGUAGGCAUGUGGGCUCAUCUUCAUCCCAUGCUGAGCUCCUUGAGGUGGGAACUUGUGUUGUUUGCCUGCCUCACAGUGCCUUGCUGUUAGUAGGUGCCCAGUCACCAUGCGAGUGACUGUUAAGUGUUGUUGUUAUGGUUGGGUGCCGUUGAAUCCAUUCCAUCUCAUAGUGACCACGUGACAGAGUAGAACUGCCCCAUAGGGUUUUCUUGGCUGUAAGCUGUACAGAAGCAAAUUGCCAGGCCUUUCUCCUGAGGAGCCACUGGGUGGGUUCAAACCAACAACCUUUCAGUUAGCAGCUGAUCACUUAACUGUUGCGCUGUCAGAGCUCCUUGUUAAGAGGUGUAAUUAAGGGGGAAAUCCCACCCUAUCUGAAUAACCCACCCAACCCAGUGCCCUUGCAUCGAUUCCGAUAAGGAGUGCAGCUGAAUAACUGCAGGUCAUAUUUUUGUUACUUAAAGAUAAUAAAAAUCAGUGUGUGUUGUUAAUGUCAAUUAAAGCCAGUUUUGUUUUUUUUUUGGUCUUUUUAAUUACUGGACUUUUGUUCAUCUUUUAAAAUAACCAUUUUAUGCAAACUUAGAAUGAUGCCUUGGCAGUUUAAAUAUAACAUGGGAUGCAAGCUCCCAGCAGCUGGAGACAAGGCCACAUGCAGGGGCCUCUUCUUUACUUUCCUAAAGGAGGGAAGCAGCUAAUGCCAUUCCUACUGCUGGGGAUUUAAAAGAGGACACGGAGCCAGGGAUGUCAUUGCUGAUGUCAGAUGGAUCCUGGCUAAAAGCAGAGAAUGAUGUUUACCUGCGUUUUAUUGACUAUGCAAAGGCAUUUGACUGUGUGGAUCAUAACAAAUUAUGGAUAACGUUGCAAAGAAUAGGAAUUCCAGAACACUUAAUUGUGCUCAUGAGGAACCUUUACAUAGAUCAAGAGGCAGUUGUUCGAACAGUCAGGAGAGGUGUGCAUCAGGGUUGUAUCCUUAUACCAUACCUAUUCAGUCUAUAUGCUGAGCAAAUAAUCUGAGAAGCUGGACUAUAUGAAGAAGAAUGUAGCAUCAGGAUUGGAGGAAGACUCAUUAACAACCCUGCAUUAUGGAGAUAAUAUAACCUUGCUUGCUGAAAGUGAAGAGGACUUGAAGCACUUACUGAUGAAGAUCAAAGACCACAGCCCUCAGUAUGGGUUACAUCUCAACAUAAAGAAAAUGGAAAUCCUCACAAUAAGCAACAUCAUGAUAAAUGUGGAAAAGAUUGAAGUUGUCAAGGAUUUCAUUUUACUUGAAUCUACAAUCAACACCUUUGGAAGCAGCAGUCAAGAAAUCAAAAGAUGUACUGCACUGGGCAAAUCUGCUGCAAAAGACCUCUUUAAAGUGUUGAAAAUCAAAGAUGUCCCCUUGAAGACUAAGGUGCCCCUGAUCCAAGUCAUGGUGUUUUCAGUCACCUCCUAUGCAUGUGAAAGCUGGACGAUGAAUAAAGAAGACUAAAGAAUUGACGCCUUUGAAUUGUGUUCUUGGCGAAGAAUAUUGAAUAUACUGUGGAGCGCCAAAAGAAUGAACAAAUCUGCUUGGAAGAAGUACAACCAGAAAGCUCCUUAGAAGCAAGGAUGGCAAAAUUACGUCUCAUAUACUUUGGACAUGUUAUCAGGAGGGAUCCGUCCUUGGAGAAAGACAUCAUGCUUAGUAAAGUAGAGGGUCAGCAAAAAAGAGGAAGACCUUCAAUGAGAAGGAUUGGCAUAAUGGCUGCAACAAUGCGCUUAAGCUUAACAAUGAUUGUGAGGAUGGCGCAGGAUCGGGCAGUGUUUCGUUCUGUUGCACAUAGGGUUGCUUUGAAUCAGAACUGACUCGAUGGCACCUAACAAUAACUGCUGGGGAAGAGGGAAGAAAAGAUCCAGGGUGGUUGUUACUUUGAGAAAUAAAUGAAAAGGGGAAGAUGCAACUCUGAACUGGAGCGCGUCAGUUAGCAAGGCCUCCUAUGAGUUCUUUGCCCAGCUUUCCAGACCAGUCAAGAGGACGCCAGACCUCCCCAACCUCUGACUUCUCCAUUUGUCAGUAGCCACACUUUGAAUAGUCAGAUGUUCUUGGUGCAGUCCGGGGCAAUUUUGAGUACUAGGCUAAGUUUUCCCUUUAAUUUAGCACAUGCCUAGGCAGACUUCUACUGCAUGCUUGAGGAAUGGAAAUAAUAUCUGCUUAAUAAUAAAAAAGAUCAUAAAAGGAAGAAAAGAGCUGAAUAUUAUGUAAGCAAAAAGUGGAUUGUUUUUUUUUUUUGACUCCACAUUUUGUAUAUUAUCUACUGCACUGCUCUUUUCCUUUUUAUAAAUGUAAUUAAGCAUUUUCAAUAUAAACCAAAUCAAACCCAUUGCCGUCCAGUCAAUUCCAAAUCACAGCGACCCUAUAGGACAGGGUAGAACUGCACCACAGAGUUUCCAAGGAGUGCCUGGUGGAUUCGAACUGCUGACCUUUUGAUUAGCAGCCACAGCACUUAACCACUAUGCCACCAGGGUUUCUGUUUUCAACCUAGGAUAAAUGAAAUACAGGCUAAUAUUUAGGUGCCUUAGGAAUUUUAGUUAUUGUGAAGGAAAAACCACAAGACUAGAUGCAGAGGAACUGAGAGUGAAUGGGAGGCAGUUGUGUAGGUUUUGGAUGAGAUGAUAUGUGUAUGGAUCCCACUACACCGCGGGCCGAUGAGUCUGUCCCUCACGUGUGAUUUCAUAUGCUUUUGAAUGGCGCUGAUGACUCAGCAUUAGCAAGUUUAUUCUUCUUCAGUGCGUGCUUGGCAUUUUCAGUAUUCCUAACCAAAGAACUUUUAACUUACUUGAGAAACAGCCUCUGCUUUCUGUGAGAUUCUGUUGAAACUAGAUUUGUAUUAAACUUUUAAAUAUAAUGCCUCAAAUUGUAGCACUUUUUAAAAAAAUCUUUACAUGGUAAAUCGCUGAAGGGGCUGUUAAUGCUUCCCUUGCACACGUUAGCAUUUUACAAUUUUGUACUUUUUGGUUUACUUGAAAUGUAAAAAUAAUUGUACUUUGUUUUAUGAGCCUGCCUAAUAUCUGACUGUUGGUCCUCAUCUUCAACAUAAUUUUGAUGGUUAUAUUAAACUUUUAACAGACAGCGUCUUGUCUGAUUUUUUAUUUUCGUUUUGAGUUGCUAAACAACAGUCUAUUUUACCAGAUGUCAAGUUUUUUGUUUUUUUUUUCAAGUUAGGAAAUGGAGGAGGGAAUAAACCUUCAAAAAAGAUGUUAUUGUUAGCUGCCAUCAGAAUGGCUCUGAGUCAUGGCAACUGCAUGUACAAUAGAACAAAAUGUUGCCUGGGCCUGCACCAUCUUCUCGAGGAAUGGUAUGUUCGAGUCCAUUGUGGAAGCCGCUGUGUAUCUCUGUGCCUUCCACCCUAGGGGGUUCAUCUUCCAGGAAGCACUAUAUCAGAAAAUAUUUGUUGUGAUCCAUAGGGCUUUUCACUGGCUGAUUUUCCUGAAUAGAUUUCCAGGCCUUUCUUCCUAGUCUUAGUCUGGAAGCUCCACUGAAACAUGUCCACCAUGGUUGACUCUGAAGGUAUUUGAAAUACCUAUGGCAUAUCUUCCAGCUUCAUAGCAACACACAAGUCAUCUGGCAGACUGACAGAUGGGUAGUAGUUAAAAAGAGUAAUCGCAAUAUAAUAUAAGCAUAGUCUUUAGGCAGGAGGAUGAAUCUAAAAAAAAAAUUCCUUUAGAGCCCAGUUACUCACAGGACUGUAUCAUAGCCCAAGCUUCUUAUUUCCCACUAUUUAAGGGAGGGAUGGAGCCUUGGUGGUGCAGUGGUUAAGCACUCGGCUAUUAACCAAAAGGUUGGCAGUAUGAAUCCACCUGCUGCUCCUUAGAAACUCUAUGGGGCAGUUCUACUCUGCUCAAGUCCACUGUGACAAAGUAUUGGAUGUCAGUCUUACUCAUCUCAGCUAAGAAGAGCUUUUUAAUAUGUAACCUUUUUUUUUUUCCCCUCUGUGGACGAACCCCUGCCGGCUUUUCUCAUGGCCCACUCCCCUUCCUACAGGUGGCAGCUCCAAGGUUACCUCCUUAGAGAGGUCUUCUGGUGAGGCCCCACCUAAAGUGGCCUCUCCAGAGAGCUCCCUAAUCUUAUCACCCAGCUUAUUUCCUUCAGAGUUCUCAUCACUAUCUGCAUUUACCUUGUUCAUUUAAGCUCUUUUUCGGUCAUUUCUCUCCCAGCUCCAGCCCGAGGGGUGUAAGGGGUUGGGUGUGUUUGUCUGUUCAGUAUCACCAGGCCCAGCACGGUGCCUUGCACAGAGCAGGCACUCAGUAAGUGUGUUGGAGAAGCAAAGAAUAAAGAGGUAAAGCCAUUGUCUGAAGACCUUGUAAGCUGCAGAGGGGUUGACACUGGCAAGCCUGUCUCUGUUGCCUGUCUCCCUCCUCCGUGUUUGUGGUUGUGACACGAGAGUAUGAAUUUCAGUUGAAAUAGCAGAAGUGAUACCAGGGAAAUGCUGAAAAUGCAGUAAGUUGACACCCUCAAAUCUACUUCAGUUUUGCCAUAUUUGUUUAGAAACCAAAUGAAUGUAGGUGGGGUAUUUAUUCAUUAGCAAUACAGAUGUUUUAUUAGCUAAGUGGCUAAUCUUACUGGGUUUUAUCACAAGCGAAAUAUUUUGUGUUCAUAUCAGUUCUCCCUUUUGUAUGAGAAUUUGAAUGCUUCAUCAGUUUUCAUUAAUGGAUGUUGUCAGAUGCUGACAAGUUGAUUUUCGACUAAUAGCGACCUCAUGUAACAGAGUAGAACUGCCCCGUAAGGUUUUCUAGCCUGCAAUCUUUACGGAAGCAGACCGUAGAGCCUCUAGGUGGGUACAAACUGCCAACCUUUCCAUUAGCAGCCAAGGGCUUAACCACUGCACCACCAGGGUUUCUUUCUAUUAAGGGAUAAACCCAAAAAACCCAUUGCCCUCGAGUUGAUGACAACUCAUAACAACCCUACAGGAUAGAGUAGAGCUGCCUCAUAGGGUUUCCAAGAAUGCAAAUCUUUAUGGAAGCAGACUGCCACAUCUUUCUCCUGUGGAGCAGCUGGUGGAUUCUAACCACUGACUUUCAGUUAGCAGUUGAGCAUUUUAACCACUGCACCAUUAGGACUCCCUUCAUUAAGGGAUAAACCCACUGCCCUCGAGUCCAUUCUGACUCAUAGUGACCCCAUAGGGUUUCCACGGCUAUAAAUCUGUACAGAAGCAGACUGCCACAUCUUUCUCCCAAGGUGGUUUCGAACCAACAGCCUUUUGGUUGCAGUCGAGCUCUUUAACCACUGUGCCACCCAGGGCUCUUUCAUUAAGAGAUAGGGCUAAUUAACCAAGGCACAAUUAAAACUCAACUUCUUCAUCUUGUUUAGUCAAGGAUUUCAUGGAGCAACAUGCCCAAGGUUCUUCAGGGGCAAUGUUGUUUGUAGGAUAAUCUAGUUAAUAUUUAAUACCUAAAAAAAAAAAAAA